CCCGCGUGCAUUUCCUUCAGCAGAAAGGUGAACGUGCUCUAAUCAUAAAAUGUAUGCGGUCUAUGAGUGACUGACACAUGAUCACUGCAAAGAUAAGAAGGAUGAAGUCGUUACGAUCAUGGACUUUCACAUGGUCGACUACGAGAAUGAAGCACUUGAAUAACUUUGAUCCAGAUUACCGGACUAAUAUUGGCAGAAUACGCUAAUCAUCAGAUCAAUUAGUUUAAUUGAUGAUUGAGAGACGCUAGCCAUACAUACCCUGUGUACGGCAUUGAUUCUGAUCCUCUUCCUUCAUUGCUGUCAACACGGCUUUUUCUUCAUGGUGAACAGAACACAUGCUACUGUUCUGAUAGGUAUCGUGAUUACCAGCGCAAUCUCCGUAUCCCGACCACGACCUUCAAAACCUGUUCGAAUCAUAUUUGCGCUAGUAUGUCUACUUUUGGUCAUUACGAAUAUGGUGCUCUCGUUUCAGUCCAUAAGGAAAAGACACGCAAUCGAAGAAAUGAAGUAGAAUCAAGGCAAUUAAAAGUUGCAGGACCAGUUGCUUGGAUUAUCGUAAGUAUGACCACGAUGGCAUUUAUGAAUUACAAUCAAUGCAGUAAUUGGCCACCGCAUUGGGCUAAUCGAUUCGGAUGUCUUGUAAGCAAUCUUGCUCUUGGUUUUGCUGGUAUAGCAACAGCAUACAAAGUCAUCUUUUCAAAGCGAUAGAGUAAUGGGAAAGCAAGGUUGAGUUUAAUACAUGGGAAGUCUUACGAAUGUCAGUGUAGAGGAGAUUGUUUCGGCUGAAGCAAUGAUCCACACAAUUGCUUAUUCGCGGGCUGUGCAAAAUCCGUUGACUGAAUUAUUCUUGUGUGUAAUCUGUACACUACAUUGUCCGCAACGUUGAUUAUGCUGGUGCGGGAGAAGAAAGGUUAGCUUGUGUUUCUUGGGCCAGUCCGUUGCGAUACUCACACAUGCUGUAUUCGCUACUUCUACACUACUUCCUACGCAAACGAUGGCCUUAACAUGUACACAAUCAAUAUAUGAUGGCCUUGGUGUAUGAUUAUGUAAUCGUCACUCACAUGACAUCGUUGAGAAGUAGCAUCUGGAUAAAUUUGAGCUUUGCGUCUGUG